AACUCGAAAAGAGCAAGAGGAAUUCCAGCGCUCCCCUCGGAACUAUCGGAUCUCGAGAAGACGAUAUCCUCGCUGCGCUGGCUCGCACUCGUCGUCUUCCUCCUCCAAUCCACCACCAUCAUCGUCUUCCUCACCCGUCCACUCGCGAGCAUAGCAGGGGAGCAGGCCGAUUGGGACGCCAUUAAUUCCACCCCAAGGCAGGCCCCCCCGUUAAGAUGAUGCGGUGCGUCGUGAAGGGUGGCCACGUCGGGGCCGUCGGUGCCGAGCGGAGGUCGUCGUCGUCGUCGUCCUUCGGCAGCGGCAGCAGCAGCAGGAGCGUCGUGCGGAUGCCGGACGACCGCGGGCUCUGCUGCGGCGUGAGGUCGCGGGCGGCGGAUCUCGCGGGGGUCGAGAUGGGCCGCCCGGCCACCGGCGCCGUCUUCCGGAGCCCGCGCUACGGCCGCGUGCGCGCCACCGCCGGAGUUGACCCUGAGGAUGUUCUGCCUGACAAGGUUCAAGCUAAAUCUUCUGGAAAUGUUCUGCCAUAUGUUGGCGUCGCUUGCUUGGGGGCAAUUUUGUUUGGCUACCAUCUUGGUGUGGUCAAUGGCGCACUUGAAUAUCUUUCGAAAGACCUAGGGAUUGCCGAAAAUGCUGUGUUACAAGGAUGGGUGGUUAGCACAACCCUCGCUGGUGCUACAGUAGGUUCAUUUACUGGAGGUGCUUUGGCUGAUAAGUUAGGGAGAACACGGACGUUUAUCCUGGACGCAAUCCCUCUUGCUGUAGGUGCAUUCUUGAGUGCAACAGCUCAAGAUGUUCGCACAAUGAUUAUUGGUCGAUUACUUGCUGGAAUUGGUAUUGGGAUCUCUUCUGCGCUUGUGCCCCUUUACAUAUCUGAGAUUUCACCAACUGAAAUACGAGGGGCACUUGGUUCAGUUAAUCAACUUUUUAUCUGCAUUGGAAUCCUCGCAGCUUUGGUAGCUGGACUACCGCUGGCACAAAAUCCUGCAUGGUGGAGGACAAUGUUUGGAAUUUCAGUAGUUCCAUCUAUUUUGCUGGCUCUGGGAAUGGCUGUUUCACCUGAAAGCCCUCGCUGGCUAUUCCAGCAAGGAAAGCUUUCUCAAGCAGAAGCAGCCAUAAAAAAAUUGUAUGGGAAGGAAAAAGUUACUGAAGUUAUGUAUGACCUAAAAGCUAGUGGUCAAGGAUCUAAUGAGCCAGAUGCCAGCUGGUUUGAUCUUUUCAGCAAACGCUAUUUGAAAGUUGUCAGCAUGGGAGCGGCACUGUUUUUGUUCCAGCAACUUGCUGGCAUAAAUGCGGUUGUAUACUACUCUACAUCAGUGUUCCGCAGUGCCGGCAUUACAUCUGAUGUUGCAGCGAGUGCUCUUGUCAGUGCCGCCAAUGUUUUUGGCACCAUGAUUGCAUCUUCACUGAUGGACAAGCAAGGAAGGAAGAGCCUUCUGAUAACAAGCUUUUCCGGAAUGGCUGCAUCAAUGUUACUCCUGUCACUGUCCUUCACCUGGAAGGCUUUGGCACCUUAUUCGGGCACACUUGCUGUCGUUGGCACUGUCCUGUAUGUGCUGUCUUUUGCUCUUGGCGCUGGCCCUGUUCCAGCACUUCUCCUUCCCGAAAUAUUUGCAUCCAGAAUUAGGGCCAAGGCUGUUGCGUUAUCACUGGGCAUGCACUGGAUAUGCAACUUCUUUAUCGGCCUGUACUUCUUGAGCGUCGUUAACAAGUUUGGAAUCAGCACCGUGUACUUGGGAUUCGCGUCUGUGUGCGCUCUCGCGGUUCUCUACAUAGCUGGAAACGUGGUCGAGACCAAGGGGCGAUCCCUGGAAGAGAUUGAGCGCGCUCUAAGCUCGCCCAAAGUCGACGCCAGUCGUGCUGGUGCUUUUUUGGUGAGCGAUGAAUGAGCAGGAGCGCAAACAUCCGUGGAUCUGGGGAUGUUUUUGUUUCCAGCUUUUAUGUGGUUAACCUGAAUAAACGAGCUGCAAGAUCACCCGAUGCCAUGAAACCGUCGUGGCUUAGGGGCGGCUGUGGCCAGCUGUUUGUUCUGUCGAAACUUCAGAAUUGAAUAGCUGCAGUGCCUCUGGAGGCUGAAAAGAAUUAGGUUGUUUUGUAGUGUAUAGAUGAACUAGUUUCUUGAAUCUGUUGGGAAUAAAAGUCCAAUUUGUCGAGUUUCAA